GCUGUCAGCUGCUACCAGUGCUCACUUUCUUGUUCUCGCAGUGGGUCGUGCCGCGCUCUCGACCCCUUUCCUCAUCCUCCUCCUCCUCCUCUCCUCGGUGUACGACGGUAUGGCGCGCUCGCUCGGCCUCUACUUCGCGCUGCUGGGCCUCGUCUGCGGGGCGGCCGCCCAGAACCAGGAGGACCUCAUCAGGCGCGUGGUGCUGGUAGAGAAGCACGGCUUCAGCCGCGGCAGGUCCGUGGACAUCUCGCUGGUGGAGGCCCCCGGGGUGCAGAAGCUGCUCGCGGUGGUCUGCAGGGACUCGACGCUGUCGCUGUGCCAAGGGUUCGCCCUGGACGGCAAGUUUAUGCACCCGAUGCGGAAGGAGCCCAUGCACUACGAGCCGGAUGACGUGUUCGAGGCCUUCUUCGGCGGACCUUACGUUUCGAAACUGUUUGGGCAGGACCAAAGGGGGAGGCAGUUGACGCCCAGGUUUACUCUAGCGCACCAGGAGGACGGCACCUUCUUGUUUACCUCCGAGUUCAAGGGCAUGGGACCUCAGAAGAUGUCCAUCCGACCCAAACCUAGAGAUCUGGACUUCGACUACCUGUUUAUCGGCGCUGAAGUGAAAAUCGGCGUGUCAGACCCCGUUGGCACGGUGACAAGUUUCUAGAACGACGUUUCCUGGCGCACGACUACUUCGUUACUUAUUUCUAUGAAUGAGGAAGUUGCCCGAUAAGAGGAACAAAAAGAAGGUAGCACUGAUGAGGUGUCGUGGGGUAGCGCCGUCCUUAAACAAAGCAGUGUGUUUUGUCGCAAGUGGAUGCAUCCACAUAUGUGAUCAUAAAUCAAGUUUUGUUGAAUUUCUAAAGAAAAAUUGGGUCCAUCCUAGACCGGCGUAACAAUCUUGUGUCAAAAAGUGCUUCUGUAAAGUUUGGCUUCUGAAAAGUAAGUUUAUACAAUCUUCUAAACCGUCCCGGUGUCGUUGUUUAGGUUAGUGUACGCGGACAUAUUGCAUCGGUACAAUUUUAACUCAAUGAUAAUGACUCAACUGUCGUAAAAAGCUUUGGUAUAGGUGGUACCAAGGUGCUGGGUGCAUAGGUCUCUUCUAAACUGUUUGAAAUCCAACGACACGCACCCUAACCUCUGCUAGACUGUCGCUCAUCUUCUGCUUUGCUUAGGGACGGCGCUACGCCACGCCACCUCCUCAGUGCUACCUUCUUCUUGUUCCUCUUAUAGGGCAACUUCCUCAUAUUAAGCAUCUGUCGCAUCUGUGAUAUAACGUCGGUUUAUUAAGGUCAUUAAAUUAUUUUCAUCAAA